AUGCAAAUUGGUAUAGAGGUGGACGCGGUGGUAGAGGUGGACGCGGUGGUAGAGGUGGACGCGGGCCACGACGAGGCCGGGGUGGCGGUUCGCCCGACUUACAAAAACAAAAUAAACCUCAACUAUCACCAGGGCAUCAAAAUGAAGUCUAUUGUAGUGGUGUUGGCAGUCAUACUAGCCCUGUACGUCUGGAUGGUGGACCACGUUCAUGGCCACGAUGUGGUAAACAGAAUUGACCGGGUGAAACGGGCCGUAUCGGGUAAACCAUGUAAAAAUAUCGACGAAUGUGGGGGCUAUCCAAACGUCUGUCAUAAGGAUUUAACCGCAUUAGUACUACUACUGGGCGCGUGUGUUAGCCCGUUAUGGGCCGACACGUGCGAAAUGUCGGUCACUGAGCGCAAGGACUGCGGCGACAUUCACACCACACCCGACAGUUGCGUGGCUAAGGGCUGUUGUUGGCAAACGACCACGGUGCCCAACGAGCCCAACUGUUUUUUUAAAAAAGCCGGACCAGGGCCAGGGCCGGGCCCGGGAGGCAAAAAAGUCUACAUUCAUAUGAUGCCGUGGUUCGAGACCAAGACCUCGGGUGGCGGCCAAUGGGGUGUCCACUGGCGUAUGAACACCAAAAACCCGGACAUUGUCGAGGGGGGCAAACGACAAAUCGCAUCCUACUAUCACCCCCUGAUAGACGCUUACGCCUCCGGCGAUACCCACGUUAUUGAUUGGCAAUUGGGCUUGAUGAAAUUGUCCGGCGUGGCCGGCGUGCUGGUGGACUGGCCAGGUACGUCGGGCAAAAUGGAUUAUGGUGCCAAUAUGCGCAACGCCGAGGCUAUUAUAUCGCGCACAGCCGCCCACGGGUUGGAGUUUGGCGUCGUUUACGAAGAUAAUAAUUUUAAGCUAGCUGGCAUUACCGAUCAUAUUGGUCAGGGUACACGCGACAUGCAGUACGUGAAGGACCGGUAUAUGUCCCAGGGUAACUACGCUAAAAUGAACGGUCUGCCCCUGUUUAUGGACUUUGGCCCGCAAGUGCUCGAUGGCAACGAAUGGUCCCAGAUUUUUAGCCCCUAUAACCCUAAGCCCGAGUUUAUCCGAUUGUGGUAUCAGCAAAAAUCUACCGGUGGAAUGUCCCAGGGCGAAUUUGCCUGGCCUUCUCCGGACUUUAUUGGUGGUCUUAACAACUUUUAUAACAAAGGUGGCGUAAAAGUGGGUUGUGCCUACUCGGGUUUCAACUCGUUCUACAAGGAGGGUGGUUGGGAUCCCAUUAACUGGUCAAUCCCGGUCAAUACAAACAACUUCCAACAGACACUGGACCUGGCGCUGCAACACACGGACGUGGUGCAAGUGGCCACCUGGAACGAUUACGGCGAGGGCACCCAGAUUGAGCCCACGUUGGAAUUUCAGUACCAAUUUUUGACCAUAUUGCAAAAGAAAAUGGGUGUCCAAUACACCGAGGCCGAUUUGAAAAAGGUGACCGAUAACUAUUUCCACCGGGUGGCCAAUUUAAAUAACGCCACCGUGUUGGCAGCGCUCGAGAAGGAGCACUUUGAUCUUGUUACUAAAUACGAUAAUUAA